CCGUUUCCGCUGCUGUAACGCGGUGGUGGUUGGCUGGCGAGGCAGCCAACAUGGCGGCGUCUGUGCUGGGCUCGCUGCUGCGGACCUUCCGGCAGGUGGUUCCUCCAUCAGCGUCAGGUCAAGUUCGAGGUUACUAUGUAGACUGGAAAAUGUUGCGUGACGUGAAGAGACGAAAAAUGGCUUACGAAUAUGCAGAUGAGAGGCUCCGGAUCAAUUCGCUCAGAAAGAAUACUAUUUUGCCAAAAGACCUUCAGGAAAUGGCUGGUGAAGAAAUCGCUGCCCUUCCACGGGAUAGCUGCCCUGUUCGAAUCAGAAAUCGGUGUGUUAUAACAUCCCGCCCACGUGGUGUUAAGCGUCGCUGGAGGCUUAGUCGCAUCGUCUUCCGCCACUUAGCUGACCAUGGGCUACUGUCUGGAGUCCAACGAGCAAUAUGGUAAAUCAGUUUAAGAUUUACCCUGCUCCAGGGAAGCCAGUCCUGUCAAAAGAGACUUUAAAGACCAAAUCCUGGUUUUUAUAAAGGUCUGGUAUGUUUAGUCUGUUUGGCCCCAAGUUAAAUUACUUUUAGAUUUUAAAUGAAGAAACAUGGUUAUUUCUGUCAUUGAGUUGUCUUUUCUUUAACUUUAGAAUAGGCAUAUUACUCCCAAACAUGGUUAUGAGUGGAAUAAAAAUAAUUUGUUAAAAUACA